GAAGUAAUAGUAAGAAUUCAAACAGUGUGGGAGGGUAAAUUAGGGGAAAAGAGGGAUGAAAAACAAAAGAAAAGAAAACGUAAAGGUAAAGCAAGCCACCCCCUCGAGAAGCCUAUAGCUAAGCGUCAUAGCACUCUUUCACAUCCUCUCGUCCUCGUAUAUCUUCCUCCACGAUCCCGUCCGUCGAAAAAAAAAGAACCCUAAUUUCGAAUGAAGUGAUCAUCACCACGCAAAACCCAAAUUCAAAAACUCCUUUUUUUUCUCUGUUCCUGUCGUUGUCUCUGCCGUGAUUUUUCAGGGAUUCGAGGAAAGAGUUACACAGCCGCCAUGAAUGAGAGGGGAAAGAGAGCAGUGGAGCGAAACGACGACGUUUCGUUCUCCUCCGACGUGUACAGUACCUCGUCGGAGCUUCCAUGUCGGAAGCACCCGUCGGUCUCCCCCGUCGGGAUAUGCCCGUACUGUCUGAACGACCGCCUGGUGAACCUCGUGUGCUCCGAAUGCGGCGAACAGAGGUUGUCUUCUUGUUCCUGCUCCGAUUUCUCACCCAACCGGAGCUCGAGCGCCGCCGUAGAUGUCGGUAGUGUUGGUCGGAUCUCGUUUCUGAUCGACAACGAGAAGACGGCGAACAACAGCAACAACAACCCCGAUGGGAUGAAACAGGGGAAGGCUGUGACGGCGAAGGGACAGCGAACAGAGGAAGUGAUCGUGUUCAAGAGAAGCAGCAGCAGUUGUGUCGAGAUCAAGAGGAAGAGCCAUGGGUUUUGGAGAAUCGGGAGACUUCUCCGGAGAAUCAACCCGAAAAGAGCGAUUCACGGUGGUGGGUUCGACGAAAAGAGCGAUUCCUGGGCAUUCGAUCACAACGAUGGUAAGAAAAUGGGGGUUUCGAGAUCGAGAUCGCUCUGCAGUUUCAGAGGAACCGGGUAUUUUAUCGGGUCGGAAGACGGGUCGUCGUAUUCGGGUGCGAGGAGCUCCAUUUCCGCCGCGAGGAGUUCAAGCGUCAAUGGCGGAUUAGGGUUUUGCGAUACAGAGCCGAGGAGGAGCGGUUUUGAGGGGGGAAGAAGCGGUUUCAGCGAAGCGGAGCCACCGCGGAGAAGCUUCUUCGAAGGACGGAAGAGCAAUUUCAGCGAGACGGAGCAUCGGAAAAGCAACUUCAGUGAGCCAGAGCCGCCGAGGAGGAGCUGUUUCGAGGCGAGGAAGAGCAAUUUCAGCGAAACAGAGCACCGGAGAAGCAAUUUCAGCGAGACAGAGCAACGGAAAACGUACCUCGACCCACGAAGGAGCAAUUUCAGCGAGACAGAGCAUCGGAGGAGCAAUUUCGAAGCGAGGAAGAGCAAUUUCAGCGAAUCGGAGCUGCGGAAAAGCGAGGCGGCGAGUUGCACGAGAAGGGUGUUUUCUCUGAAGGAGAGUUACUUCACAGGAGGAGAAGAACCAGGAUUCAUCGAUCUGAAAUUUGAUUUCUCGGCGUCAUCGGACAAGGACAAGCAAGACUGCUCUGUUCGGUCGUAUGGCGACGGCGUUCCCGACCACGGAGGAGGAGGGUCUUGCCGGAUGACGGCGAGGGAUGGAGAGGUGAGGAAGAGCCGACUAAGCUUCAAGGGUAAGGGAUGGAGAUGGAUUUUCGGACAUCAACAGACAGUGAGAACGAAAAAUGCAGAGGAAGAGGUUGAUGAUGAUGAAACUUGAAGACAAUAAAGAACGAGAAGCUGUCUUUGUAAUCCAAUGUCAAUCUCAGCCAAAGCUCAUGUUUUUUUUUUGUUGGGUUAAUAUUUUUAUGAUCAUCUUGUUUGUAGAAUGUACAAAAAAAGCAUCAAUACUGAUAAAUUUUCUGCUCAAUCAAAAAGGUAUCUGAUCAUGGAUUGCAAUCAUUUCUGGAUUUGCGGAACUGUCUGAACCUGUGCUUGAAGAUGAAGAAGAGCACAAAAAAAAAAAAAAAAAAACAGGUUCUUGCGGUUCCGACAAAUCUCACCUCUGAACCGGUUUGAGACCGCAUAACGUCGCAGAGUAGUGGUCCAGCUUCUUCUUCCUUGUAUCCACAAUUAUUAUACUGUGCAUGUACUCUGUGUGUUUA